GAGGGGAGAAUGGGUGGCCGCCGUGCCGUGCCGUUGCUGGUAUUAUCAGCACGUUUAGCCUGAGCAGUGACUGACCUUGUUGCGCUCGGCGGCCGGAGAGCGAAACGGAGAACGUGGGGCCUUGUUUUUUUUUUUUAAUUUACGAACGUCGAGUGCUUGUCCGAUUUCCUCGCCGCGGAGCCAUGAGGCGUAAUGGAGGACGUGUGACGUGCGUCGCCGGGAGCCGAUGAAGCGUUCGGAAGGAGCAGCAGUCGUGGAGCCGCGAUGAGGAGUGGCCGCGGGCUGCAGGUGGCGAGCAGCGCGCCGCCGCCCCCGUCUGCCGUGGAGACCAGCGGCGCGGAUGGAUGUCAUCAAAUGCAGCAAGAUAAAACCAUCUUGUUCGGAGAAAAUGAUGAGGUUGAAGAAGACAGUGAUCCAAAAUUGUUGGAAAGUAAACAAACAUAUGAAAAGUGUGUGAGAUCACCAUCUGGAUUUAAUGUUGAAGGAAUGAUGCCUCCAUCUGAAGAAACCAACACUGCCAGUACAGCUGUUCAAAACACUUGCUCAAAUCCAAACAUUUCGUCUGCACAGUGUGGUGUUAGUUCAACUCCCGGUCUGGAAGUCAGCAAUGUGAAACUGUCCUCCUCCGUGGUUGACUCAGCUGCAGUUAAAGAUUUACUAACUGCAACUCUCUGUAGUGUAAAUACAAAAUCAGUUUUACUUGGGACUGUUGACAAAUCAAAGACUGUAAGAAAUUUUGCUGAGAACAAAGGAGAUACAGCAAGACAUGUGUCUGAAAAUAAGCUUUGGAAUCCACCUACAGAUUUUAAGUGUUUUGAAAAUGUAAAAAGCAAAGUUCAACACAUCAGAUCAUUUAAAUACUCUAAUGAUGACUUGAAUACUUACACCGAUAUCAGCAGUGUAUCAUCUGGUGGUCUGUCAUCUGAUGAAGAGUCUGAAGAUAUCCAGGAUGAUAAUUUUGAACAGUUUGUAGUGAACGAUGUUGGGGCUAUAAACUUGGUGAAGGGGGAGUGCAGUACGGCCAGCUGCAGUGAGGGUGCCUCACACCACAGGCCCGGUUGGGCUAAAAACAAAAAAACUGCUGAGAUCCCAUUUUUAGCUGAUCAAAAUGUUCAAAGUGCACCAUUGUGUCUAACAGUAAAUAAACGUCCUGAAACACUAGUGGAGUCUCCACCAGUCAAAAAUUUGGGGCCGGGACUGCAGCAGCCAUCGACUUUCCGACACGUGUCAAAUCCCGUCUGUUUGCCUGCCUUUGCUCCAAAGUAUCGGGCGCGGUGGCCACUUCUCCAAAUUCCUUUCCACAGCAGUGGGUUCCGUGGCAGUGGCAUCGUAGGCAGUGACGACGUGCACUCGAGGAAUUCACAGUUCAGGCCCCCAGCUCAGCGAAGGCACAGUUGGGACGACAAGUUGCCGUACUUUCCAGAUUCUGAUCUCACGUCCUCCGAUAGUGAAAGUUCUGCAGAUGAUACGUUGCAAUUUCUCAAUAUAGUGGGUUCUCCUCAAACAAAAAACCCACAAGUAAAGCAUCAGGAUCUGGUUUCCAAACUACGGUGCAAUGUGCAGGGAAUUCCUUUGCCUAGUUCUUCACUCAAGAUUGCAUCUCAAGAUGCUAGUGUUCUUUCUCAGCUAUGCAGUGUGUCUGCAAGUGCAGUUAAAAGUGAAGUGUAUCAUGAUGGAAAUGCAAUACCUAAAAGUGCCAAUGCUUUAAAGUGUAGUGAAACAUCAAGCAGCGAGCAAGUGGAUAAUGCAACACAUUUUGCUGGCAGCAAAGUUCAGAAUGCAGGAUGCUGUGAUGUACAGUCAUCUGGAAAUUCAAGGUCUUGCAACAAAUUACUCUCAACUGAGCACUGUAAUGGGAUAUUCAAACCCUCUUCAGCAGUACCUCCACAAAAAGAAAAGAAAAAUAAGCUUAAAAGACUGACUGUUGCCAAAGUGUCAAGUGUCCGAUGCAGUAGGAAGAAAUCAAAUGAGGUCGACAACAUACAUUAUUGCACACCAUUAUUGAAAAGUACCUGUAGUAAAGUUAGUGUCAUUAAUGGUUGUUACAGUUUGUGCUCAGCUAAAGAAGGCCAAUAUGAAGAGACAGAUGAUACCCUUGGCCAAAUAAUAAAUAAUAAGGUAAAUUAUAAUAAUGAAAAUGUGCACUGUGUUUUAGCUGUUGGUGGGGGUACUUGCAAGACUGCAACUGAUAAUUCUACCUUGAACGAAGUUACAUCAAGUCAGGUGUGUGACUCGACUAGCUGUUCAUCUCAGGACCUGAGAGAAGAAGCACUGAAAGUUGUUACACAUUGUUUGAAAGACUUAAUUUUCAGAGUUGUCACUUUCCCAAACCAGUCCACAGUUACCACAGGCAUGACAUCGGUUCUUCCUCUGAGUGAAUCAGAAAUCCAAAGUUCUUCAGUAAAAUGUGUAGAAAAAGAAACAGACAUUGUCAAAGUCAAUGAUACUUUGUGUAUGAGUAAUGAAGAACAGUGUAAUACUGAUUUUGAUGAAAUUGGGGGAAAAAUCAAGAAGUGCAGUGAAAAUUAUGUCAGUUCAACUUGUGUGGAGACAAGUCUGCAGUCCAGUGACAAAUCCACUAAAAGUGUGCAGGUAGAAAUCAGAGAUGAAGGGGAGACAAACAUUUUGGGUGGAAUUUUGGAAGCCGCGCUUAUUCCCAAUAUAAUUCGUACUACAAAAUGUUUCUUAAAUCAUGAAUGUGAAAUGUCUACACACGGCUUAGGGUUGACGAACAGUGGUCGAUUGUUGCCCUAUGAUGUUGAUUCACAAAAACAUUUGUGUUUAGGUUCUAGUCAAAUUUGCACUUCAUUGACUGUACCAGAUUCAAGUAAUAAUUCCAAUUGUGUUUUGAUUGAUAAGAGUUGUGAAAUCAGUCUAUCUGAUUUGGAUCCAUGCCACAAGAAAUUUUCCUUUGAUGAUAUUGCUCUGGCAAGAAAUGUUGAAGAAAAGUGUUUGAUGAUCCAGCAAAGUUUAUCCAGAAAAAAGUUAGGAAGUGAUGAUGCAAUUUACAGGAAGGGUGACAACUGUUUUUUAUCUAGGACUUUAUCAGUAACUGGAGUUACUUGCAGUUUACCAUUAACUAAAGUGUCCUUGGCUUUGGCAGGCUGUGCGCUUGCAUCUGAUGCUGCUUGUGUAUCAACACCAAAACAGUUAGAUGUUUUACCUAAUGAUUGUUACGGAGCAUCUAUAGAUUCUCAUGGUUCUGAAGAUUGGGCUAGAGAAGGCUUGAACCCUCUCUCGAAUAUGAAGUGUAAUGAUGCUCUGUUGCUUGUUAGGCCUGUGAAUUCAUCUGUGACCUCUUCUGCACAGACUGAUGUAUCUUAUCAGAAUUCUUUUCCUAGUUCGACAGACGUGCCCAGCAAGUUCCUUUUCCAGGUUCAACCAGUUCAUCACAUGAAACUUGGGGAUGGUCAGAAACUUUAUGCCUGUGAUAUUUGUAGUAGUGUGUAUCAGAGGUCUUUCAGUCUUAAGAGGCACUAUCUUCGAUCUCAUAUCAAUUACCGACAUCUUACAGAAAGAGAUAUCUCUAAUUGUGGGAUUAUUGUUGGAGAUAAAAUGGCUGUUCAAACAGGGACCAAUACUAAAAUAUACAUGCAGAAUUCAAAAAUUACUUCUCAACAACUAGGCACUGUACAUCAUGAGAUAAGCAUAAAUAAAAAUGAUUUGACAAAUUAUACUUCUGAUUGUGUGAAAUCUAAUACAAUUUCUCGUAGUGAACAAAAUGAAACUGACCUUACCAGCAGUGAAAAAAGUCGCAAUAACAACACUGUACCUACUUUACCCAUUGAACUGUCUAUAAAGGAGGAUAAAGAGAAGAAAGCUAUUCAUUUUCCUGCUUUAUAUAGAUGCCAUUUUUGUGGUAUCUGUUUUGAUGUGAAGGAGCAUCUCAAAUCACACUUACUAAAUCAUCCUCCACCAGUUACUGGUGUUAGUAAAGAUUCAAACUCAUUUGUGUGUGAUACAUGUUCUUUAGUUUUCACUCAUAAACAUAAUUACCUUCGCCAUUGUGCCUCAGAAAAUCAUAAAAAUGCAUCCAAGCCUCAAAGCCAAUGUAUUACAGAGCAUCUGUGCCUUUAUUGCGAUAAGAAGUUCAAGACCUCAGCAAUUCGAAAGCGCCAUCAAAAUAGAAUCCAUCAAUAUUUUUCUAAACAGAAAAAGCCAGGAAAACGCCCUUUUCAUCCAUGUUCAUACUGUCCAUCUACUGCUCAUAAGUUCAAAGACUUGACAGUUCUUGUGAAACACAUGAUAGCUUCCCACCCUGAUAAAUAUCAUGUUUGUUUAGAAUGUUCUGAACGAUUUCACUGCGAAAAUGCUUUCAACAGUCAUUUAAUUAGUGUCCAUGGUAAAAAUAAAUCAAAAGUUUUGAAAGGAGCAGAAAUCAAGGAAAAUAAAUCUAGCAGUGAACCAAUUAAAAUAGCAGUAGACAAAGAAGAGAAUAGUUCAUCCAAUAUCUCAUUUCCUGUUGCGAAAAUCAGUUCUGAUGAAAAUAAUAAAACCUCAACAAAGAAAUCACCAGAUAAAAAAUUAAGUGAAACUGUGAAGGAGCUCACUUUAAAUGAGGACACAUUUAAUGGUAUUUCUAAACCAUUAAAUGGAUCAAGUAUCAACGAUGAGUUUCGAUACACUUGUGGGGUUUGUCAGAAAAUGUUUACCAACUAUGUGAACAUGUGUCGGCAUCGGCGUCUUGCUCACGGUACCAUAACAGCAAACAGCAAGAAAGUAAAGAAGGGUUUGGCCAGCAGUGAGCCGAGUGGUACGCGUAGUACGAGCAGUCAGAGUGGGGACAGUAGGAGCGAGAGCCCAGCUCUGGCUUCAAAGGCACCUGUAGAGUUAUCCAACAAGGAACAAGGUGCUGCUCUGGUAGUGCAACCAUUGGAUCCUGAAACAUUGUUCUACAGUAAAAUUGCCAUAAAUAUUCGUGAAAAUCUACUCAAUCACUUAGAUGGAAAAUUACUUGAGUGUAAUAAUACUAGCACCACCACUACAACCCUUGCCACUCGCACUACAACUGUUACCACUGCAACAAAGGAAAGUAAAGUAGUAUAUGAGAGAAGUAUUGCAACAGACAGACCCAAAAGAGGUGAAAAAAGCAUUUUGAAAGUAGAUGGAAAAUCUCCUAACACUCACGUAAAUAGUGCUAAUGUCAAUGAAAGGAACCAGAAUAUUGAUAAUGAAAAGUCAAAGUUAGGUGGUAGACGAGGGCACAUUCAUAAAGUUCCUUGGGAGAAGUACAACUUCCCCAAAAACUAUGAUGGGAAAGGAGAUGGAUUAGCGUCCUUUAUUAAAGACUUGUCACACCUGGAUAUCUCGACUCAACUGGUAAUGCAACAGAAUCUUCAGCGAGUGAGUUUUUCUUCUGGAGAUAAAUGCAAAUGUUCUCUUCCAGACACUCCUGUAAGUGAAGAAAGUGCACAAGACUCUGACUUUCCUAAAGGCCUAUGUCUCAUGCAACGAAACACCUCAAAUGCUCUUAGUGAUAUGUUCAGCACCUCAAGACAUGAAUCAACAUUAACAAGAGCAUGUAGCAGUUCUUCUGUUCCUUCAUUGAUUAACAUUAAGUAUACAUGUGCGAAUGACGGCCAUAGCAACUUGACCAGGCGUAAGUCUCUGAGUGACAUUAAAAUGCCUUCUCCUGCUGAUGAGAGUUCAGAUCGAUCAGAUGGUGGUGAUAAAGGGGAAAAUGUGGAACUUAGUGGAGAAUGGGUGAGGCCCCGUAGCUAUAUAUGCGGUGCUUGCAGUGAACGAUUUGGCGACUUGUACGAUCUUGAGGAUCAUAAAUUUGUGGCCCAUCCCAAUGUUUGGUGCACUCACUUUGAAUUUGAAGAAUCUACCAUUACUGGAAUGUCAUUUGACAGAUCUAGGUGCCAUGCAUCAUUCCCAGGUAACCUUAGCAGGCGUUACUUGAACACAGCUGGCACUUUACACGUGCCAGAACUUGCCCCACCAACAACAUCAGUCGAAUCGCAGUGCACAAAAUGUAGUAAAAAUUUCAGCUCCUUACCAGAACUUCAUAGGCACAUACUUGAUUGCGGUGGAGAUACAACUUGGAUGCUUACAAUGGUGGCUGCUACUUCUAGUGGUAGUAGACGCAAUAGGAAGUGGAGGCCUUUCGGCAGUCGGCGACGAAGGCAGCAGGGGCGGCGUGGCAUGAAGAGAAACAUACCCAGUUCACCCAUGAAACUGCCUCAGUACAGGGUCAGGCAUCGAGGCACUGAUAGUGACAGUAUUCAACGUAUGAUUGCAAACUUGCCAGCAAAAAGAGCUUCUCGUCGAGUAAUACAGUUCAACGAAGAUGAAAUUAAAACCAGAAGUCAGGCAACCGUACAUUGUAACCGCAUUCUGAGGAAAAGAUUUAAGGUGUCCAAUUAUGUUUCAAAUAUGCAUCAUCAUAAAUCUUGGAGCGGUCACUCAUCAACUACCAGAGGAAUAACGUUCUCACAGUAUCAUAAGAUGUCAUCGACAGAAACUCGACAUUCCAGAGCACUUCAGAAUAUUCGUAGGGCAUCUUCUGAAUCUACUGCGUCAAAGUUAUUACGAUCAUCUAGAAAUUUUUUGCAAAAUAAGACAUCACCCAAAGCUGUGAAAGAUGUUACCAAGGCUUUGCCAGGUAAUCAGUCACAAAUGACUUCAGUUACAGAUCAGAAAACCAAUUUCCUGGAAAAGGAAGAUGUGUUGGAUAAUUGUGCACCAGUAACAAGAAAUAUGUUAGCUAAGAAGAUGAGAGGUAACAAGGUGUUAAGUCUUUCCUCAGAGGGCAAAGCCAGUAGAAGCUCAAGGUUUGUAAGAAAAUCUGUAAUCAGUAAUAUAAAGAGCAAGUAUCGAACUGCCCCAAGGAAAAUACUUGUUCCUGUGCCAUGUCAUUCUAAAGAUCAAAAACAGCUUGUAUCUCAAGUUGCAUUGCCAAGACGUUCUGGAAGAACUAGUGUCUUGCGGGAAAAAAUAAAUGAUAAUGUAAUUGUUCCAUCUGUUGCUGUGGAUGCAUCUAUAAUUGAAGACAGUGCUUUGAACAGUAGCAAACCAAGUUCUCAGUCACUCACAGAAGGAAAUUUAGAUUGCAGAAAAACUAUUCCAAGUGAAAAAUUAGAAAAUCAAAACUCAACAAAUAAUACUCUGAAGAGUGAGAAUUUUAAACCAGAAAAAAGAAAGAAAGGUCAAAUAAAGUCACCUGGAAAUGGCAACAAAACUAAAACAAAAAUGUUAAAGGUUUCGAAUAAUAAAUAUGAUAUAUCUGAAAAAGAUGAGAAAAAAAUAUCAUGCAAAGACUGUAGAGUUGUUUGUGACAAUUUGUGUCUUCCAUGCAAGAACAAUAACUCAGAAAUACAAGACAAAAUGGCUAAUGGUGCACAUGAGUCACAGACAAUUCCAACUCCUAGAAUGUGUUUAUCUUGUGGUAGAAAGUUCAAAGCUAUCAGUGCAUUAGAAAAGCACUUACAGAAAUGUGGUGUUGCAGUAAAUAAAUCUGUUGAAGAAAAUAAAUUAAAAUCUCAGAGACGUUCUAUGAGAAAACUACAAAUUAGUAUGUGCAAAACAGACGGGUCUAAAGCGAAAGAGAUAGAUGAGAACAUGCCGCAGUUGCAGAAAGAGGAGCCUUUGGAAGUUUUACCCGUAGCUGAAUCUGUGAAAAAAUGUGAAGAUAUAACAAAUGAUAUUCCUGUUCUAUCACCAGUCUUGGAAGAUGCAACGAUCCAUACAGUUAAUGUUUGUUACAAUGAAGAAAACUGUGUUAGUGCUAAAACUGAAGAAUUAAGAAGCAAAAGGAAAUCAAAACGAGGUCAGAAAGUAGAACCAUCUAAUGAUAAGAUUUUAAAUAAAGAAAAAAAUGAAUGCUGUGGGCAAGAUUCAAAUGCUGUUGAACUGGCAAACAUAAUUUCUACUAAAAAUGCAAUUCAGGGUAGUAAAAUUAAGGUAACCAGAGCACUUGCCUCUGCUGAAGAUCAAACUGUAAGUUCAUCAAAUGGCAAGAAUUUAAAAAAGGUGCUCUCUAAAAAAAAAAAUCACGCAAACAAAAUUGUUGUUGCUGUUGCCAAAGAGAAAGAAAAUCUUAAUGUUGACAUAGCAGUUUCAAGUAAUCUACUUCAAGUUGUAUUAGAUACAUCAAAAGAUGCAGAAUCUGUGAACACAAGUGUGCUUGAACUAAACCCAGAUAAUAAAAUAGAUUUAUCUCUUACACAGAAAAGUUUAAAAGCAAACACUAAUAGAAAAGAUCAUCCUGGGAAGAAAAAAAAUGUAAUUGGGAAAAAUAAAAGUAUUUACAAAGUAGGAAACAAAAACACAAAAAAAGCUAAGGAAAAGACUGUAGAAAAAAGGCAUAUCAGUGUUGAAAAUCAAGAUUAUAUUGCAUAUACUGAAAUUGUAUCUGAUGGUGUGAAAAAUCAUAUCAAGAACACAAAAGGUAAUCAGAUGACAAAAAAAGUAGGAAGACCAAUGAAAGUCAAGAAGCAGGUAGUAAAAAGUAACAAUGAGAAAAAAUGCAAUAAAUUAAGAUCUAGUAAAAGACUGUCGAAAAUAGUCUCUAACAAGAUUGUUGCAGAAAGUAUUUCAUCAGAGCAUAGUAAAACUUUCUUAGAGAAAGAUAAAGGGGAGUUAGGAAAUGUUUGUAACGAAGUUCAAGCUCAAGACAUGCCACGGGAUAAAACUGUUUUGUGUUGCAAAGAAAGUGAUUGCAAAUGUUCCAACAUUGAUGUAUCACCUGAAUUGUCUCUAGAUGUAGUUGAAAAAGGGUUGGGUACUAUUGAAAUACAGCUACCAUCUAAAAGUCCUGGAAUUGAGUGUGUCAUAAAAAAUUGUGAAGAUGCUGAUAAAACUUGUACUGAAGCUACUAUAAGUUUUCCUGAAAAAUUUGAUUCACCUCUACAUGGUUUACCAGAUAUUGACAAUGCUAAAGAAAAAGAAAUUGUUUUGAAAGACGUCAUGGAGAUGGAAGAUUGUAGCAGUGUAAAAAAUGGAGAGUUCAGUCUAGAAACUAGUGUUUCUUCUGGCCAUAGUUACUUUGUUCCUGAUGUUCUGAAUGAAUUGAAUAAUGAUGUAUCCAGCUGGAAAGAAAGUGAUCAGUCUGGUUUGAAAAAGAGUCUCCAAUGUAUUUCAAACAAGAAAAAUGACAAAAUACCUAAUUCUAUAAAAUAUAAAACUAAAACGUUAAAGUUGUUGACUACAGUAAACAAAAAAAAAUUCAGUCUUGAUAACUCAGAAUGCAAAAAUAAUUAUAAAAGUUACCAGCUAGAAAAGUUUGAGUGUUCUGAAGAAACAAAUGCAAAUGACAAGAAAAUUGAUCUAAAAGAUGUUUCGGAUACAAUUUCUCUGUUAAAGCCAGUGGUGAAAAAUCCUGUUGAAAUUGAAAAUGAUAGAAAGGAAGCACUUUUAAGUAUAAGUUGUUUGGGAAAGAAAGAGACUUGGAAGAAAAACAAGCUUACAGCUCCUGAAGAAUUUGGUACUACUGAAGUAACUAAAGAGUCAUGUGUAUUUUUACCACAUGAAAUUGUUCAGAGUACUGAUGAGACACAAGUGAACCUAGAAAUAAAAUUAGAUCAGGAAAGUAAAGGUGAUAAGCAAAAUUAUUCAUCUGUGAACCGCAUAGGAAGACGAAAAUUUAAGUUUCCUAAAAUUAAAUCUGGUGCUUUUUCAGAAUGUAACUUGAACAGUAAAAGACGAUGUCGCAGACGCAAUUAUCUGUUUCAAAAGUGUGAUGAAGGAAACGUAACUUUGAACACAUUUUUGUCUGACUUUGUGAGAAGUAAUAAAGAAGCAAGUUGUUCUGUGCCUGAAAAUGUAAACGCAUCUGCAAAAUCAGAAAUAUUGCCUGAAACUACACAACCUGAGUCAGUCAGCACCAUUGCAGUGUGUGUGUUAGAAACUCACGUGGAAAAUAGUGAGACAGACCAUGAUACAAUUUCAGAAGCUAUAUUUAGUGACAGUAAUAAACUUGAUUGUAAUAUAGUUCAAGAUGUCAAGGAAAUAUGUUCUUCUGAAAAUUUAAUUGAAACUUCAGGGACAGAUUUGGUACUAAAUUGUAUAAUUGAUUCCUCAAAUGAUGAUGAAUCUGCAUGCUCUAUUAUAAAAGAGCACAAACAAAAUGAAACAAUCCUGAAUACCAGAAAUAAUGAAGGGAAAACGCUUCCUGCUGAGGUCUCAACAUUAAGCGAGUCUAGUCUAGAUAUUGAUGAAGAUAUGUUACCAAUAGCUAAGCUUAGAGAAAUAAAUCUGAGUAGAGUUCGCAAUCUAAAUAGGUUAAGCAGAAAUAAUAGGAAACAAGUAAAGAAAACAAGGAAGUGCAGGAUGAAGGCAGCAGAAACGAAGCAUUUAAAGAUACAAACUAUAGGGAUGUCUCCAAAUGCAAAGAAUUCUCCCCCUCGUAAUGGUCAUAAUUUGGAAUUAGGUGAUUGUUUUGUGAGAAAACCUGAGGAAACAAAGUUACAGAAUGACAUUACUUUGUCUAAUGAUGGUUUUAUAACUGAAGGAAAUUUAUCACUUGCCGGUAAUCGAUUGUUGAGAACAAGACGUAGUAAUAGUUCAGAUAAAAGUUUUCUUUCUCAUUUUGAAAGACGCGAAAGUAGAGCUCGAAGUACUCGCUGGAACUUAUCCUAUGAAGAAAUGUAUACUUCCUCUGAUAUAGCUAGUGAAGCAGAUAGUCAAGAAUUUGACUCUAAUCAAAAAGAAAACAAAGGUGUAUUGCAGGAGCAUCACAGAAGAAAAAGAAGCAGAAGAAUGAAAACUGCUAAACCAAGCUAUAAUUUCAUUCGUCAAGACAAAAAGAGACGAAGAUCGCUUAGAAGGUUAACUGUAUUACGAAAUCAAAGGAAAGCAGAAAUGAGAUUGGAAACUAAAGCUUACAUAUGUGGAGAGAUGUCUGUACCUGUGUCUUUGGGAAGUGAUAAUGUUGAAGGAGAUAUGACAAAUGUGAAAGUAACUUUAACAGGAAAUAUGUUUGAAUAUGAAAAUUUUCACCAUGACUCAUCAGAAAAUAAUUAUUCUAGUAUCAUAGUAGAAUCUGCAACUGAAGAAGAAAUGCUUUCAGAGAUAACAAAAACUGCUGUGAUUAAUAAAGUGUUUUGCAAAAAGCCUAAAAAGAACCAUUUAUGUGAAUCUACAAAGAAAGAAAAGAAUUCUGUUAUGGAUAUAAGUGACAAAGAAAGUUUCAUUGAUGAUGUUCCCGUAGUGUUUAUGGACGCUUUAGAAAAACUCACAGAAUUUACUUGUAAUGAACCAUCUGGUGAAAAUAUUUUGUCUAUUGAUAAUCAAUGUAGUACUAUAACCAUGAAGUAUGAUAAUGUCAAAGAAAAUAAUUCUAGUGAGAUUUUUGACACAGACUUAAUUGUGAAUGAGGAGCUUGGAAAUAAUGGGGUUGAAGCAGAAACCAGCAACAGUACUCAAGUAAUUAAACAAGUGUGCAAGAUAUUAAAAACUUCAAAUGAAAGUCAGGUAUGCAGUUCUAAAAAUCAGAACACUCAAAGUAAAGAAAACUUUUUUGUAAAAAAGAGAGAGGCUAAAAAUAAUAAUUUUGAGACAACUCGGAAAAGAAAGAAAAUGAAACGAAAGUGUUCUACGAAAGGAAAUAUGAGUACACUAGAUCAAGAAAGUGAUAUAAUACCUGAGCCAUUAAUUGCUACUGAUGACAUUAAUGUUGGCAAGAUUCAGCAAAUUGAAAAUAUGCUGCAUCAUAAAAAUGUAGAAGACUCUGUGGAGCUUUGUGAGGCUACACAGACUUCUGAAACACCAGAAACAAAGACUGUAGAAAAGCAUAAUUUUGAUGUAAGUGAUACACAUUUGAUUCUAGAUAAAAUAUUAGAGUUUGCUGACACUGCUUCAGAGAAUGAUGCACCUAUUUUACAAGAAGAAGUAAUGGGUGCUUAUUCAGAAGAAGAAAGUGCUCUUUAUAAAAAUAAAAGUUAUUUAAACACGAGUCUGGAUAACUUAGAAACUGUACCAAAUGAAGCAGAUGGGAAAGUAGCAUCACUCUAUACUUUCAAUCAGCAGCAGCUAAAUUGCUGUUCUCUGAGAAUUUCAGAAGAUAAUAGUGACGCUACUGAUAAAGUACCCACCACAGAAUCAGACAGCUUGAAACCAUUAAAUACAUGCAAGAAAAAUUACUCAAGCACAUCAGAUCUUAGCAAACACAAGCUAUCAGAUUUCCAUAUGAAAAAUAUGUUCAUUGAGACUUCAGGUAAUUCUAUGGCCACUACAGAAGCAGCUGUUGCGAAUUUUUCAAAUACAGAAGUUUCAAAGUUAAAUUCAAAUACAAUUGCUGAAAAAAUUGUUUUUGAAGAGCAUCGUCAAGAUGGAAGUAAUAUAGGGUUAGAUUUGGACUCGCCAAUCAUGUUUUCAGAUGAAGUGCCACUUUCAGUAAUUGCAAAACAAAUAAGUAAUGGUAAGCAUAGGAAGAAGAAGCAAACAAAAGGGGUAAAUUCAAGCCGUUACAGCAAGAAAUCUACUUCGAAAAACAUUGAAAAAAUCAGAGAGGUCUUUGUGAAUAAUAAGAAAAGGUUAAACAUUUUCAAGACAACAUUGUUACAUGAUAAAGAUUUUGUGAUAUCACAGGUUGCAAAUAAAGAGUAUAUCUCAUCUAAUAACAUCUCAGAUGUACAUGAAAAUGGCACUCCACAUCAGUUAGAACCAUCACCUGAAUUUAAUUCCAUGGAUAGUACGAGUGAAAUUACCUCAAAAGAAAAAAAUGAAAUUAACAGCAUAGAAGAAAUUACUGUACUAUCACAUUUUGUGGGACGUGAAACUAUUUCCAAGGAUAGUGACACAUACAAACAAGAUUCACCAACUAGAGUGUUUGAAAAACUACACCAACCAUUAUCACUGGCUAUUUUAGCAUCAAAACAUAUUGGGAAAGAAAUAUUGGAUAGCAUCAAUAGAGCUUGUGUUGCACAACUCAAUAAUUUAAAAGAUUUUAGAGCUACCAAUGUAAAUGCAAGUUCACUGCCAAUGGAAGAAUUAAAAAUCCACGAAGAAUCUUCAGAUGGCCAUCCAAAAUGGCAACCAUCUUUGAAAAGUAUUAUUGCACUGCCAUCUGCAUUCAAGGAACUUUGUUUUGAUUCACUUCUACUUCGUGAAGUUGAAAUACAAGGUGGUACUCUUUCAGAAGGUUUUAAUACCGCAUCAUCUUCACUACAGGAUUCUAAAGUUGAUCUACUAAUGCCUUCUAAUAAAUAUUAUGAUACCAAAAAGCAAAUAGAAUUUAGUGAUAAACAGAAAAAAAACCCUCCAUGUGAAAUGCAAGUACCUAUUCUUCUAGAUGCACUUGUUCAGGGCCCUUCCUUAAAUGCAGGAAAAGCUCUUGAAUCCAAUGGAAAUAUAAUAGAAAAAAUAACAUGGCCCAAUAUAUUGGAAAUACCAACUCCUGAUAGCUGUGAAGAACAAAAUGUAUCUGUACAACUACCUGAAGACCAACAAUCCCUGUCAUUAGAAUUAGAUUUGGAGGAAUCUCUAAUUUUGCAAGAAUCAUCAAAAUCAAUCAGUGAUAAAGGUGAGAAUGUUUGUCCGCUGCGUCCUACAUCACCAACCCCUGUAUACUUAGAAUCUGAAUUGCAGCCAUCUUUGUUGCAAGAAACUGUGUGCAGUAGAUUGACUGAUGAAAAACAUGCACAAGAAGAGACUCAAAAAGAUGAACAGACACAGUUGAAUUUUUCACAAAUGUAUGAUAAACCUUCAUUCUCUGAGCAACUUGAGGCUGAAAUAAUAUUACCUAAACAACAUGUAACAAAAGAAACUGUUGUUGAUGCAGGAACUGUCAAAAAUUUACAAUCUCAAGACAAAAUUGUGUUGCAGAAGUCUGUACUGGAAGAUAACAGUUGUAAAUUGUCUGUGGCAGAGAAUUUUGCGGUAAACACCCCAAAAGUCAAGAAGACUAAAGUUCAUGCACCAGAAAAGCUUCAGGUUCAGCUGCCAUUGUUAAAAAUACGUGAUGUGCAGUUUUUGUUAGCACACCAUGUGGAUAUUCAGAAGACAACUUACGAAGACUCAGAUUCUCAGCAGUCAUUGCCAGAAGGUUCUGAUUUGAAAGAUACCAGAGACCAGCAGAGCAGUCAUGUUAACUCAACACUACCAAAGUCUGUACCUAACCCAGUUAAAAGUAAAGUCUCUCUUUCAAACUUUCCCCAUGUUGGGUUAGAUCUUCCUUUGAAGAAUAAAGGUGUUAAUUCUUCACAUGAUACAAAUAAGUUGCCAUCAAGUGUAGAAUAUGAAAAUCCAUUACAUAUUACUUAUAAAAUUGAACCUCAAGUGCGUGAAAAAAAUAGUGAAUCAUGUACACACGAAACUGAUCACACUCAACAGCAGACUUCUUUAUUUGAUUGUUCAGCUACAUUACUUGCAUCACAGAAUAAAAUAAGUAAAGAUGAUUUUAUGUCUCGGAUACCUGUGUGUCCUGAAUCGUUGUGUAAUCAAGUCAAUAACAUCACAAAUACUUUGCAGUUGCCGAUAGCUGAAAAAAUUGAUUCACGUGAGUAUGGUAAGGCGAUGAUUUCUUUGCAGCAUGAUGAAUUAGAUGUGACCGUAGAAACAUGUGACCAUGUAACUCCAGAAGUGCUGCCUCAGCCAUGUGAAAAUACAGUUUCAGUACCUGAUGGUCUAUCAACACAAGCUCAAGAGUACAAUAUGCAUUUGACCAUAGAAAAACAUAAUUUAGUAAAGCAAUCAGAAUCCAUCAAAGACAUAAUAUGUCAAGAUCAUGAAAUUAUAAUGACAGCGGAAGAGAAAACAGAACAGCACAGUGUGAAGAAAGGCAAUGCUGAAUUUCUCAUUUCUGUGCCAGAUGAAAAAACACUUACAGAUAAGUCACAGCUAAAAAAAGUUCACAAUAAAGUUCUCAGCCAUUCAGUUCAAGUUUCUAAAACUAAUGAAAAUGAAUUAUGGCUAAAUCAAAAUAAUCCAUGUAAACAAUUGGCUGUCAGUCAAAUGCCAAUACAAAUUCUAGAGAAUGAUACCUGUUGGGCACAGGAGAAUGAGUGUCUUAGUAGUGAUCAUCUUCCAAGGGAGCAGAUUACUGAUUCUGGCCCUGAAAUGCAUGAAAGUUUGUGCGAACCUGCCUUUAAAACAUCUUCACACCAACAGUUUCAUGCCAGUCCAACAUUAAAUGAAUGUGAAAUGCCAGAACAUGCUGUAUGUAUACUGAAAGGAGGUAUGGAUGCUUCGUCUGAUCAUCGAGAUCCUGUAAGCCAAGUGCCGGAGAUAAAUCCUAAUAUAGUAUGGUUGCACAACAGUAAUACCUCUGAGGCUGUUAAAGAAAAUUCUUCUGUUGAACAACAUGAAAUCAAAUACUCCUCUUUGCACAGACUUGCAGAGGUUGUGAUAUGGUCAGAGAAUAAUUCUUCACGGAAUUUGGAGAGAGCUUUUUCUAAACAAAGUGAGCUUUGUGCAUCUUUAGAAAUUUCAGAUAAUGUGAAAUGGCAACACAAAAUUGAUCCUCAAACUGUUUUGCUUGGUUCUUCCCAACACAGUGAUUCAGAAAUGUUGGCACCUGAAGACAAAAUGAAUUGGCCACACAAGGAACAUAACAUCAUUGCGUAUCAGAAUUCUUCGAGUAAACAAUCCAAUAUCCAUUCAUCACUAACGAAAGUGUCUGAAGAUAAGUUAGUAUGGUCUCAGAACAAUGAAAUAUGUAUGCCGGUCUUACCUGAGUAUUCGUGUGAAAAUGUUAGUCAGACUUUUAAAAAUUCAGAAAACAGUUUCACAUGGUCUCAUGAUCAAGGUAUACAUGAACCUGCCCCUCAAAACCUCCCAAGUGCACAGCAUAUACACUCGCCUCUAUUACAAAUUUCAGAAGCUACUACAACUGUGUCACAAGAAGAAGAAAAUUGCUUACCAGUAUUGCAAAAUCUUACCAGUGGUCAAAAUCAGUUUCACCAUCAAAAACUGAACAUCUCUAGAAAUAAUGUAAGUUGGUCACAGACUAUUAAACCUGAUGAUUCCCUCAGCCAGUUACGCAAGUCGGAUAUCGAACAGACAUCUAUCAAUGUUCCUAAUAGUGAUUCAGCUUGGUCUGUGGAAGAAAAUAUCAGCACAACUGAGUUGCAGUCUGUCAAUGUGGAUAAAGAAAGAAUUAACAUGAUAGUGACUGAAACCGAGUUAGUUCAGCCACAAACAAGUGUGGCAUAUACAUUUCCUCCACCAGCUGAACAUAAUAUCCACCAGGCUUCAUACCCUGAUCCUGAAUUUGACGUGUGCGUACCACAUCAUCCGGAAGUCUCAAGAUGUGCGCAACAGGAAUAUUCAUUUGAAAAUGUCAGAGUCAACCCACAUCAGUCUUCUGACACUAGAAGUCUCCAGUUGCAUGACCAAGGCUCAUAUAUAUCUCUUCGCCAAUCACGUUCCUCUGAGGAAAGAACCACAGUAACUGAUAGUAAUUCAGUGCAGCCUGCUUUCCAAGAAUCUGCUACAAAUGAAUUUGCAGAUCAAUUUUCUUCACUAGAUGAUGAUGGUGCCCAAGUUUCUACUAGUAGUCGACAAGAGCAUGCACUGAAAACAUUGCCUCUUGAUUUGUUGAAAGCAGCUGAAGUGGAACUUACCUUACCUCAGAAACCAGGAGUUACCGCAGAAUUAAUGAAAGAACCACCCGUUUUGCCGUUGCAAGAGGGGGCACGCACUAAACUGCUGAACUCUGAGAUGCACGCAGCUUCCACGCAGGAUUGUGACGGUCGGGAACUAGAUUUCCAGGUUGGCAGCACUGCGUGGUGUGGCAGGGAGAGCGAUAACUGGCCGAAUGAGCAAGCUCAUAACGGUGCUGAGUGGAGUGGCCAAUCAGAACAGAGUUCCACCCAUGGCUGGACCGAGUGGGUGGCUGGAAAUGUGAACUGGCCGCAACAAGCAGCACCUCACUUCUACAGCUCCGGGCCAGUAGUGCCAGCUGGUUGCAGUCUGGGAUCAAUAAUAGAUUCUGUAAAUCAGAUCCUGAACGAAGGCGGCACCAGCGUGUCCAGCUCGCCGGGAGCGGACUUCGGCAGCUACACGGCCCCGCCUGCGGGCUGCGUGGUGCCCAGGGGCCUGAGGGAACUCCAGCGAGCCAUGGGGGCCACUGACGAGGAGAUGCUGAUGCUGCAGAAGCUGGGGGAGAACUGCUGCUGGCCGCUGGAGAACGCGGACAUAGUCGACCUGGACGGCCAGAAGCCGGCCCCCGAGAGAGGCGCAGCGGCUCCCGAGGCUAAGGAAGCCGACGCGGCUCCCGCCGCGACGAGCCAGCCGCUUCAGAGCGUCGCUAGGAAGGCGGCGGUGUCGGCUGGAAGGCGGCAGCGCGCGGAGGACCGGCCGUUCGGGCAGAACAUCCUGACCCAGUACGAGAGCAAGGAGAUGGUGUGCCCAGUGUGCAACAAGCACUUCCUGGGGCUGACUGCCUUGCAGACGCACGUCACCAGCGCUCACAACCUCGACCACGCAGCAGACAGAAAAGCGAAGGCGUCGGAGCGGUCUCGGCAGGCUCUGAUCUCGUCAAUAGCGUGCUCAAGCCUCUUCCAGGUUAACAACAGUCGCCACAUGUGCACUUCCUGCAAGGAGCUGCAUGUGAACGAGGAGUCGUUGAGGCAGCACAUCGAGGCCACACAUGGUGGCGAUGUCUUAACCACUGGAACCACACAUUCAAGUGAUUCUCAGGGAUCCACAGACCAGAAAGCGGAGGGGCUGAAGAGCCACAUGUCGUCUGCUUUGGGAGGACUACUGAACCGUGCACUGAGCAGCGCCUUCAUCAGCCGUCUGUCAAAAGAAAUCUUAGCAAGAAGCGAGGGAGACAGUUCUGCUCAUUCCUUGGAGAAUGCAGGAACACAGCAGUCUCAAAGAACAAAUGUCAUACUAGAGAAACCAAAUCUGCUGUUCAAAGGCGAUACUGAUGACACCAAAGAAAAGAGAUUUUUAUGUGACCUAUGUGAUAUGAAGUUUUAUACUUUGGGAUCCAGAAACAAGCAUGUGCAAAGUGUGCACCUAAAAAUGCCAAUAAACUUGACACCAAGUGAUGUGCCAGAUUCAGCUGUAUCAAGCACAGUUGGGAAUAGCAUUGAGCAACUCACUGGGAACAAUAAGGAGCAACAUGACACUGAAUCCGGUUGGGAUAGCGAGAGCCCUCCAGAGUGGACUGCUGAGCCAAAUAUGGAUGGUGAAAUUCUGGACGGAUCCUUCCUUUGCCAAGAUUGUGGCAUAAACUUUCAGACGCCACAGGAGGUUUUGUCUCAUCAACAGUUAGAGCACCCACCACCUGAGUCGCAGUCACAGAACAUUUCAGACGGAAGCGAGGAGCUUCUGGCGAGCGACACUGUAAGUUUGGUUGGUGAUACGGAUGCUGGCAGCAACGCUUCAGAAAACGUUGCUGACAGUGGCAAGGGUUGUGCUGACCAUAUGAUAUCUUCCACAAAAAAGAGCGUAAGUGUGGAAGAUGAGCCAAGUCUUGCAACUGCUUCCUCAAAACUCAACAGUCAAAAAGUUGGUGAAAAAACUGUAGAAAAACAUUUGCUUUCUAAAUGUGUCGGAAGAACGGGUGAAGUCACCAUCAAGAAGGUAGCCAAAAGCAAGAUAAGCAUAGAAGAGCUGGAGAAGGAGUUAUGUCGAAAUGACGCGAUCAUCAAAGCCAAAGCAGAGGCGGCUAUCAGAGAGCUGAGCCUGACCCGUAAAGGGCGGAGUAGCGCGGCAAACACCAGGUGGGGUGUGCAAAGAUACAAAUUUGUCGUCCCUGACAGGCAGUCAAGCAGCGACAAGGCCAAAGAAAAAAUUUUGAUGCCAGCAGACAAUCGGUACAACUACCCAUUGAUACGAAAAGUUUCCAAUAGUAGGUUUGCGUCUUUGACUGAACGCAAAAAGAAGCUUGGUUCGAAAUCGGAAUCGUUGGCAUCUAAUAAAGCAGUUGGCAAGAUGAAGUUAGGAAAAGAUAUACAUGAACCAGAUAGUACUUCUCUUGAUGUGUAUGAAUUUGAAGAUGAUGAUAGUAGUACCACCAAAGAUAUUAGUUUACGAUGUGCUACUUCAUCAGUGACUGGUAAGAACGAUAUGCAGAAUGAUGAGCAAGAAAUGCAGGUUACCAAUGCUAAUGAGAGUGGGUCUGUUGUAGUUUCACACCCUGAGCAGAGCAAAGCUUUGCUACCCUGUGCCUCAUCUUGUAAAGAAAAAUCAGAUGCCAGUGUUGAUAAACGUAAUGAUGAGAAACAACAGGAGGCAAAUCAAGAAAUUCUUUUCUCUGAUAAAAAUAUUUCAUCUGAGAAAAGUGAUUUGAAAGAAAGUAAACAUGCUAAUCAAGAGCUGGAGAAUGCUUCAGCAGUAAAAGUUUCUGACAACUCUGUAAAACUGGUUUGUGAAGAAAGUAAUAAAGCUAAGGAAAAUCAGAAGUACAAAGGUAAUCUGCAGAAGGUGGAUUUGGACAGCAAAGAUACCAGUAGCCCUGCAAAAAAUAUAGCCAAAAGAAAGAAAGGUAAUUUAAGUACAAACUCUAAAGUAGGCCGGAAACCAAAAGAAAAUGACAAAGGAACUGAAAGCAGAGAGUUUAAACCUACUAAGCUACAAAAGAAAAGGAAAGCAAAUGAGAGUUUUGAAUUGCCACCUAGUAAACACGCACCUCAGGCAGAGAGCAAACAAUCAGAAACUGAGGAAGUUGUGUCAUUGGGACGCAGGCAGGUGAAGAAAGUUAGUUACGUUGAACUAUACGACAGUGAAGUGGAUGAACAGUUUUUGUUUUAUUCGGAUGAUGAAAUCGGUUCUGGAGACAGAGAGUUUAAAUCCAAGCCAAAAUGUAAAAGUCCAAAGAAAAAACAAAGCAAGCCAGAUAAGAAGAAACGAAAAUCUGACCAACCAGUGGUGCAACAAGAUGAAAGUUGUAAUAGUGAAACAGUGACUCACAUACAUAAAAAGAGAUGCAAGCAGAAAUUACAGUCUGUGGACAUUAGUAGUAGUAGUAGUAUUAGUAGUUGUAGUAGUGGUGGUGUUGCGAAAAGUGUUGACGUUGGUGAAGCCUGCAGCAUUGAUUCUCCUGCGGUUGAAUCAAAUAAGUUACAGCCGAAAUGGUCAUGUGCCAGUGAACCUGCUACAGACGAAGACAACACUAGUGAAAGUGAUCGAAGCGAUAGACAGAGAACCACGAAAACAGACCUGUUGAAGACGGUUUUUGCAAAGUCGAGGCGCAGUUCGACGACCAUUGUUAGCGGUAGCGGUGGUACCAUACCUGAAGUCGACGACAGUCGUACGAACACGAACCCUGUGAAGCACAAGCACAAGAGUUGACGACACAUGACGUUUUGAUAUCCUGCCAGAGUGUUAGACUGGUUUACUAGCUGUUACCAACAUUGUGACCAAUAACCAUUGUAAAUUUAAUGCUUAUUGUGAUGUGCAAAGAAUCAUUGUGUAAAAACAUAACUGUAGGGUCGAAGCUUCGUUUGGGAAGGGGGAAAAAACAUUUUUAAACUAAUUGAAUACUGGAAAUUCAGACUGCAGUAUACUAUAUCAAGUUUUAUGUAAUUUUGUUGACAUCGUGAAGCACAUGAUAAAAGUGUUUGUAGAUAGUUCCUUUCUUAAAGAGUAAAUAUGAUUGGUAAAAAAUAAUGGCUAUCAGUAAUUGGUUUUCAUUAUUUCAGUGUUAAGUAUUAGGAAAGUUUAUCACCCAGGGGCUACAUGUCUAGUCUGAGAAAAUGUCUCAACAUGAGAAUGCCUUUCAGCUCUGGUAAGAACAGUUUACAGUAUUUUAGUGCAAAGUACAACCCAUUUCUGUGUGAAGGAGCUAAGAAGUACUAGAGUCUGACACAUUUCAUAGUUAUAAAAAUUGUAUGAGGCAAUAUAAUAAGUAUUAAAAUUGAAAACCAUAUAUAUUAAAUGGAUGUUUAACUGUGUUUAACAAUUUCAUAGUGUUUAAAGUUUGAGUUUGAAUAAUAAUUACAUAAAUAAGUACAUUUUUACAUCAUAACUUAGAAACUGUUACGGCAUUGUGUUGAAUCAAUUGGUUGCAUAUGUGUCACAUGUUCAUAGGAAGUACAAAAGUGAACAACAAAAAUAAAAGUAUCUUUCUAUCUACACAACUAAUAAUUUACGUUAUGUUUAAUAAAUAUAGGUCGAGUUAGUGUGUGUAUUCUAAAUUGAUUGCAAAUCAUUAAUUUGGAGGAAAAGUUUCAGAAGGUAAGUUACAUGUUUGUAUGGUCUAUUUUUCACUGAUGUGAUGUUUAAAAGUUACACAUUUCUUCAUUUUGUAAUUGUUCUUGUUAGUGCUACAUCAUGGUCUGUGGUUAAAAUUGGCCUUGUCUAAUACUUUAUGGCUGCAUCCAUCUUUAAGGGAAAGAAAUGUGUCUUACAGGGUUUGCUAUGGAAUAAUAUGUAGCUCUGGAUGGUGGUACUGCAUCAAUAGAUAGAUUGCUAGGCAAUUCCAUUGUCUUGAGUUCCUUAACUUUAUCCAAAUUAUUUCAAGUCUGAUUAUCAAUUAACUUGGACAACUUACUUUCCAUUACCACACCACCAAACCUUUAUUUAUUUAUAUCUUUCUCUCUCUCUGUACGCACGUGUGUGUGUUUUUUUUUUUUUUUUUUACUGUCUGCACAUUCUUUGCUUAGUUGCUAAUGAUUUUUGAUAAUUAUUCACUGUAUGGUACAGCAAAACCCUCUUAAGAAAAUCCCACUUAAGAAAAUUUCUUGCAUAAAAAGUUCAUAAAAUUAAGCACUUAAAAUAUUAAUAAAUAUAAUUUUAAUCUUUUAAGAAGUUUUAUCCGUUAAUAAGUCUUAAAUUUCAAAGUACUCUGAGAAACUUUGUUGCAGGGUUUUACUGUAAUUAGAUGCAGUAUACAAUAUGUUAAUGUAAAUGACACAAACUGAAAAUCUGACAUGUAAAAUGCAGCAAGUCUUUAUAACCUUAAAAACUCGCUAAGUGGGUUUGUCAUGACUCGCUAUUUUGACAGCUCUGUUAGCAAAUAAGCUGUUGGGCUUAUAAAUUUUGUUACUAUGCAGCUUGUAAGUAUACUCUACCCCGAUAUUCACUCUAUGUUUCUAACCAUUUCUCUUUGUUUUGUGAUUAGCAUACAUGUGACAAGGCCCAUCGCAAAGUUAAUGUUGAUGUGGCCCGGAAUAAGAUUGUAAACAUUCUUUUUAACACACACCAACUAUAAAUGCUCGUAUGCCUCUAGUCUGCUUUAUAUGCAGUCACAGAAACCCUUUUUACUUUUGCCAGCAUAGAAUAAUAGAGAUUGUAUCAUCUUUUUAAUAGGUAUAAUGUGUAAAUCUUAAUAAAAUGGUAUAGAUGUAGUCACAUGCCUACUGGUUAUUCAGGACACAGUUUACAGCUUGUUUCCUAAUUCUAAUAAUACCCCCUGAGAUGUGUUAAUAGAGCCUUGAGGAGAGAAGGGGAUAUUCAAAAUUACUUCCAAAAUAAAAUUUGGUUUUUGUAAAGCUGCUUAAUGUACCUCUGCUAUCUUGCAUGAAGUACUGUGCUUGAAUAGUUUCGCUUACAGAUGUGUCAUAAAAACAUCUGAGCCAAAAAUUUAAUCUUUGUGCAACUAUUUCACUUUAAUAUGUCAAAAUCAUUAACAUAAAUAUAUAUCCAGACAUUCAAACAGAUAGUGGUAACACUUUGUAUGCUUCUUAGUUCUUUGCACUACAGAAAUACUUGGUUAUUUGUUUUUAAAAGGUCACUCCUAUUUGCUAACGUCAAGAAUUGGAAUGUGCUAGUGAUAAUUUUAAUUCUGAAUAUUAUAAUGUGUAAUAUAAUGCUAUACAGUUGUACAAAAAUUAUUUGCUGAAAUAUAUCCCUUCACUUGUAAGACCUUCAAAUUUUGUCUACCCAAAAUUGUAUUAAGUAGGUAUGCAGGUAUAGAACUUGGAUUUGAUAGGUCAUUAACGUUUAUAAGUUUGGUUAGUUGAACAGCAUUUACAUGCAGAGCAAGCAAAACAAUAUUACAUUUUCAUUUUUUUAUAGUGUAUGGAGAUUUUAUUCAGUUAUGAAUUAAAAUACCUACCCAGUGACUUUCGUAGUUUUGUGCUGUAUCCGAACUACCUGGACAAAGAAAAAAAAUUAAUGACUUACUUGUGGUUUUUCUGUUCAUUGUAACAUCAUCAGUAAAUCAAGUCUGUUUGAUGUGGAAGGUAUAACUGCUAUCAUGUAAUAACCUUGGUGCAAUUCUUCACUUUGAAUAAUGUAUUAAUUAUAUGACUUCCACAGCUGGGUGAGCAUUGAGAAUUUAUUUUGUCUUCUGUACUAAUUACAUGUUCAGUUUCUUAUUUUCAGCAAUGCCUAUAUGUGGUUAAUUCUAGAGUUAAAAUUCAAUCAUCAUUAUUGCAAUAUGAUGUUUUGAGUUCAAGAACAUGUGGGUUCUUAUAAACCUAGCUUUAAUAAGUACACUCUGGUUUGUAGAGAGCAGUUAAAAAGCUUGGAUUAGUAAUUCACUUGCAUAUAUCAACACAUUAAAAUAAUUAAAGUUCAAUUUUUUGUAUUUACUUACAUUGUAGUAAAACCUGUAUGUUGCCAAUUGCAGCUAUUGAUACUAACUACCAUCAAUAUUCAGAGCUAAUUUUGCCCCUAAAGCUUGUUAACUUUAUAAUGAAAAGCCACUGGAAAGGGGGGUGGGGAACUUAAGUUUCAAUUAUUAGAGAUGAAGAUGAGUGAUGAGCUGUUAUUAAAUGUGAUAUUUCAAACAAAGAAUUAUUUUUCUUUAAUAAGUAUUUGUUGCAGCUAUAUGCAUUUUUAAUGUCCAAGUAAGGUGCUCAUAUUAUUAAAUAUUUUCUACUUUUAUACAUAUUCCUCUCGGUAAAAAAAUAUUUUUGUUUUAAAAAAAAUGCUGCUUUAAUAUAAUUAUGGUUUCAUUAUCAUUUUUACUAUCAGAUAAUCAAUAAGUCAUUACUUUUUUAAAAUCCUGUAAAAUAAACUGUAUAAGACAUAUUUAUACUGUAUUUAUUCAAGUGUGUAAAUUGUAAUAUAGAAAAGCAACUCUACUGCCAACAUGUGCCUUUUGACUAAAUGCAAAAUUUCUUUUGGCAUACAUUUCCUAAUGAGGGUUACAUGAUAUGCAUAUUACAGUAUUUAUGCAUAUAUUACUCUUUAUACAAACAUUAUUUGUUGUAAGUUGUUAGUUUUAUCUAAAUUGCUGUAGUAUUCCUGCAAGUUAUUAAAAUUAUUCACUUGACCCUAAAUAAUUAAUCAAUGUCCAAAUUAUUUUGUGAAAGCAAUUAUUGUAAAAUUAUUAAUCUUUUUAUUGUCUAGUAAUAAAACAUAAAUAAAUGGAACUAGAUACUUGCUAGGAAAUGUCUGCUUAAUCAUUAUAAAAUGGCACAUUUAUCAGAUGUGUUAAUAUUGUGUAAGUAGUAAAAUUAUUUAGGUUUGUGUGUUUGCAAUAAGGCAAAAACACAACAGUUGCUAGUUAUUUUUUGUAGGAGUGUGAACAAUUUUUACCAAAUUACAUUUGUGUUGUGAAUUUUAGGAUAUGCUUAGUGUUUGCAAAAAAAAACUGUUUCUAAAAAAUUAAUUUGUAGCAAAGGUCAGGCAGAAAUAGGUGUGUGUGUAUGUGUAUAUAAUGUAGUGUAGUAUGUACAGUGAAGUAAAUUGCUUAUAUGAUAUAAUUAGUUAUAUAAGAUCACAAGAAUUUAUGUGGCAGAUGUAUAAAUUGUGACAUAAGCAAGUGUGUAUUUUUCAACUUAUAACAAAAAAUAUUAUUAAUUUGAAACCCUU